AUCUGACAGAAGCAUCCUUGGAUCUUGGUGUCUGGACAUAGGAGUUAUCUUCAGCUGUUCUGAAGCACAAGACCUAUUAAACCACUGUAGAUAUGGACAAAGAAGAAAGGAAGACUAUCAACCAGGGUCAAGAAGAUGAAAUGGAGAUUUAUGGCUAUAAUUUGUGUCGCUGGAAACUUGCCAUAGUGUCUCUAGGAGUGGUUUGCACUGGUGGCUUUCUCCUCCUCCUCCUCUACUGGAUGCCCGAAUGGCGGGUGAAGGCGACCUGUAUUAGAGCUGCAAUUAGAGACUGUGAAGUGGUGCUGCUGAGGACUACUGAUGAAUUCAGAAUGUGGUUUUGUGCAAAAAUUCGCUUUCUUUCUCUGGAAACUCACCCAUUUUUGAGCCCCAAAUCCAUGACUAAUAAAGUUGCAAAUGGCCAUGCUGUUCAUCUAAGUGAAAAUUUGGCUGAAGAGACUAGGCAUGAGAUGAGUAAAUAUUCACAGACUGAACCACAGCAGGUUCGUUAUUUCACCCACCACAGUGUAAAAUACUUCUGGAAUGAUACCCUUCACAAUUUUGAUUUUUUAAAGGGACUGGAUGAAGGUGUUUCUUGUACGUCAAUUUAUGAAAAGCAUAGUGCAGGACUGACAAAGGGGAUGCAUGCCUACAGAAAAUUGCUUUAUGGAGUAAAUGAAAUUACUGUGAAAGUGCCUUCUGUUUUUAAGCUUCUAAUUAAGGAGGUUCUCAACCCAUUUUACAUUUUCCAGCUGUUCAGUGUUAUACUAUGGAGCACUGAUGAAUACUACUAUUAUGCUCUAGCCAUUGUGAUUAUGUCUAUAGUGUCAAUUGUAAGCUCUCUGUAUUCCAUUAGAAAGCAAUAUAUUAUGUUGCAUGACAUGGUGGCAGCUCACAGUACUGUGAGAGUUUCAGUUUGCAGAGUCAAUGAAGAAAUAGAAGAGAUCUUUUCUACAGACCUUGUACCAGGAGAUGUCAUGGUCAUUCCAUUGAAUGGGACAGUCAUGCCUUGUGAUGCAGUUCUUAUUAAUGGUACUUGCAUUGUAAAUGAAAGCAUGUUAACAGGAGAGAGUGUUCCAGUGACAAAGACUAAUUUGCCAAAUCCUUCAGUGGACAUAAAAGGAAUGGGAGAUGAAUUCUAUAGUCCAGAAAUACAUAAACGACACACUUUGUUUUGUGGGACUACUGUAAUUCAAACUCGUUUCUACAGUGGAGAACUUGUCAAAGCUGUAGUAGUUAGAACAGGAUUUAGUACUUCCAAAGGACAGCUUGUUCGUUCUAUAUUAUAUCCCAAACCAACUGAUUUUAAACUCUACAGAGAUGCCUACUUGUUUCUGCUGUGUCUUGUGGCAGUGGCUGGUAUUGGAUUUAUCUACACUAUUAUCAAUAGCAUUUUAAAUAAGGUAGAAAUUGGGGUCAUAAUUAUCGAGUCUCUGGAUAUCAUUACCAUUACUGUGCCACCUGCACUUCCUGCUGCGAUGACAGCUGGUAUUGUGUAUGCCCAAAGAAGGCUGAAAAAAAUUGGUAUUUUCUGUAUCAGUCCCCAAAGGAUAAAUAUCUGUGGACAGCUGAAUCUUGUUUGCUUUGAUAAGACUGGGACUCUUACUGAAGAUGGUUUAGAUCUUUGGGGGAUUCAACGAGUGGAAAAUACACGUUUCCUUUUGCCAGAAGAAAAUGUUUGCAGUGAGAUAUUGGUAAAGUCUCAGUUUGUUGCUUGUAUGGCUACUUGUCAUUCACUCACAAAGAUCGAAGGAGUGCUUUCUGGGGAUCCACUUGAUUUGAAAAUGUUUGAAGCCAUUGGAUGGAUUCUGGAAGAAGCAACUGAAGAGGAAACAGCACUUCAUAAUCGAAUUAUGCCCACUGUGGUUCGUCCUGCGAAACAGCUGCUUCCUGAAUCCACACCUGCAGGAAACCAAGAAAUGGAGCUGUUUGAACUUCCAGCUAUUUAUGAGAUAGGAAUUGUUCGUCAGUUCCCAUUUUCUUCUGCUUUGCAACGUAUGAGUGUGGUUGCCAGGGUGCUAGGGGAUAAGAAGAUGGACGCCUACAUGAAAGGAGCACCUGAGGUCAUUGCCAGUCUCUGUAAACCUGAAACAGUUCCUGUCGAUUUUGAAAAAGUUUUAGAAGAUUACACUAAACAGGGCUUCCGUGUGAUCGCUCUUGCACACAGAAAAUUAGAGUCAAAACUGACAUGGCAUAAAGUACAGAAUAUUAGCAGAGAUGUCAUUGAAAAUAACAUGGAUUUUAUGGGAUUAAUUGUAAUGCAGAACAAAUUGAAGCAAGAAACCCCUGCAGUACUUGAAGAUUUGCAUAAAGCCAACAUUCGCACUGUCAUGGUCACAGGUGACAAUAUGUUGACUGCUGUUUCUGUGGCCAGAGACUGUGGAAUGAUACUACCUCAGGAUAAAGUUAUUAUUGCUGAAGCAUUACCUCCAAAGGAUGGAAAAGUUGCCAAGAUAAACUGGCAUUAUGCAGACACCCUAACACAGUGCAGUAAUUCAUCAGCAAUUGACUCAGAGGCUAUUCCAGUAAAACUGGUCCAUGAUAGCUUAGAGGAUCUUCAGGUGACUCGUUAUCAUUUUGCAAUGAAUGGAAAGUCAUUUUCAGUGAUAUUAGAACAUUUUCAAGACCUUGCUCCUAAGUUGAUGUUGCAUGGCACUGUGUUUGCUCGUAUGGCACCUGAUCAGAAAACACAAUUAAUAGAAGCAUUGCAAAAUGUAGAUUACUUUGUUGGGAUGUGCGGUGAUGGUGCAAAUGAUUGUGGUGCUUUGAAGAGGGCACAUGGAGGCAUUUCGUUAUCAGAGCUCGAGGCUUCAGUGGCAUCUCCCUUUACCUCCAAAACUCCUAGUAUUUCCUGUGUGCCAAACCUUAUCAGGGAAGGCCGUGCUGCUUUAAUGACUUCUUUCUGUGUGUUUAAAUUUAUGGCUUUGUACAGCAUUAUACAGUACUUCAGUGUUACUCUGCUAUAUUCCAUCCUAAGUAACCUAGGAGACUUCCAGUUUCUCUUCAUUGAUCUGGCAAUCAUUUUGGUAGUGGUAUUUACAAUGAGUUUAAAUCCUGCCUGGAAGGAACUUGUGGCACAAAGACCACCUUCAGGUCUUAUAUCUGGGGCCCUUCUGUUCUCCGUUUUAUCUCAGAUCAUCAUCUGCAUUGGAUUUCAAUCUUUGGGGUUUUUUUGGGUCAAGCAGCAACCUUGGUAUGAAGUAUGGCAUCCACAAUCAGAUGCUUGUAAUACAACAAGAAGCCUGUAUUGGAAUUCCUCACAUUUGUACAAUGAAACCGAUCUUGAUACACAUAAUAUACAAAAUUAUGAAAAUACCACAGUGUUUUUUAUCUCCAGUUUUCAGUACCUCAUAGUGGCAAUUGCCUUUUCAAAAGGAAAACCCUUCAGGCAGCCUUGCUACAAGAAUUAUUUUUUUGUUGUGUCUGUGAUUAUUUUGUAUGUUUUCAUAUUACUCAUCAUGUUGCAUCCAGUUGCCUCUAUUGACCAGGUUCUUCAGAUAGUGUGUGUACCAUAUCAGUGGCGUAUAACUAUGCUCAUGAUUGUUCUUGUCAAUGCCCUUGUAUCUAUCAUGGUGGAGAACUUCUUCCUUGACAUGGUCCUUUGGAAAGUUGUGUUCAAUCGAGACAAACAAGGAGAAUAUCGCUUCACCACCACACAGCCACCACAGGAGUCAGUGGAUCGGUGGGGAAAAUGCUGCUUGUCCUGGGCCCUGGGCUGUAGAAAGAAGAUACCAAAGGCAAAGUACAUGUAUCUGGCUCAGGAGCUCUUGGUUGAUCCAGAAUGGCCACCAAAACCUCAAACAACAACAGAAGCUAAAGCUUUAGUUAAGGAGAACGGAUCAUGUCAAAUCAUCACCAUAACAUAGCAAUGCAUCACUCUCAGUGGUAUGCUAGUAGCAGGAGAAUGUAAUUUUAGGACAUUCUGAUCCUGUGUGUCGGAAUGGCACCAUUUCAAUUUAUAUCCCUUCUAAUAUAGUAGCUGAUAUGAGAGCUUUUUUCUUCUUUUUUUAAUAAACGAAGCAAAACAGAAAGAUUGGCCUGUCAAAUUAAAAAUCAGUCUGUAAAGUCCUGUAUCUUCAUUCAGUAACUACAUAUUACAUAUAUUUCUAGAAUUUUCUUGUUACCUUCAGUGAUACUCUUUAUAGAGGGUACAGAAGAAAGUUGAUAUUUGAUAGGUUUUUAGACAUUAGCUUCUGAGACUUGGUUUAUCCAUUUAAAUUUAUUUUCACAACCCCCUUAUUAGAAAAAGUCCUCAUUUAUAUACCAGCCCAAUAUUUGUGAUGGCAAAUAAAAGGGGUGUUAAUGAGCCUCCAGUGAAAAUUGGUAGAAAGCCUGUUUUCAUUUGAUUCCAAAAUUUCUUCCAAAGAAUUCCAUAUAUACAUACGCCAGUUCCCUUCGAUGGCCUAGGAGUUUUAUGAUGUUGCUUAUAGAACAACUCAGGUAAUUUCCAUUUAUGGUUUUAUAUUUUCUGUACAAACUGCCUGGGUUUUAUUUUUCUAAUCAGCAAGGUGCUCCAACUGCCUUCCUCAAAGCUAUUAAAUGGAUCUUGUGGUAGGUCUGCUGUCAGUAGUACAGUUAACUUCAGCUAAAUGUUGUGGAACCAUUUUCACUAGGAAAAGAAGGUUAGUUUUUGGCAGUAGAUGUAGAUCUGUCUAAUAUCUCGGUUUUAUAUCAUUUUAAAUAUUUUUAUUUUCUUCGUUUUCAAUUAACGACAUAGGAUAAUAGUGCAUUGGGUUUGGUUUUGCUUUGUUUUAGGUUUUGAGUUAGACUUUAGCCUCCUAAAAUGUUUAAGUGUUGAUACAUGUCUCUCCUAUCAAUAAUGAGGCUUAAAAAUGAGUGGUUUUGAGUGCUAUUUUUUCAAAGCAGUAUGAACUUGGUGAGUUUGUUUUAUGCCAUUAGGUGGCGCCAGAGGUCGGAUGCUUACAAGGAAGCAUUAUUUGGUUGUAAAAAUUUCUGGGAGGAAGAAAAAUUGAAAUAAAGUUAAAGAAUAGACAUUCAUUGAGCCAAAAGAAAUGCGAGAAGUAUUUUUCACCGUUCUCUUUUGUCCGGUUAUGUUUAAAUUUUAAACAAAAUUAAAGUAACUUUAAAAAUGCGUUUCUAGGUAAGAUCCAGCAGUUUGGCAAAGCCACGGUUACGAUAAACGAGAAAACUGAUAUUGCUCUAAAAUGGACACUAAACUCCUAAAACUGUGUGAUGUUAUCCUAUGUUCUUCCUUAACUGGUAGCAGGCUUGUGCUUUCCACUUCCAGCUGAUCAUUAUCUUCCUGAUAGAUAUUUACCAGUUUGUCAGAUGUUAGCCAGAACUAUAGCACCACACGGUUCUCUUUUUUUAUGCUGCAGAGACCUGAAUGAUGUUAGGUAACUAUAGGAAAAUGUAAGUUACACUCAGGAUCACUGUUACUGCUAUUGCCACUGAUGAUUCUUACAACAAUAUAAUCAAAGUUUUCCAUCAAAAAGUAUAAUAUGAUAUUAAUACACAUUAGAUAAGAACAAUUGUUCCAUGAAUGAUUCUAUGAAGCUAUGCAUCUUAGACCUCUUGAGCUGUGAAUUAGCACUGUUUUCUAUAGUUACUUACUCUCUUGAUCAUUUUCUAAUUUUCACAUUAAUUUUCAAUAUGUACAAGCAUUAUUCUUAAGUGAUUUCCCAGAAUUGUAAAUUUUAUUCUUUGAUUUAAAUAAUGAGGCAUAUAAUUAAAGUAAUCGCUAAGUAGCAGCUUAAAAAUCCAGUUACUGGUUUGUAUUUAACAUCUCUAAGAGCAUGGUCAUAAAGAGCUAUGUUUUUACACCCUUCUUUUUUUAACAUUUAGAUUUUAUAAGGGUUUUAUAUUUCAUUUGUCCAUAUUACUCUCAAAGGAGUGAGGUUUUUAGGUAGGUGGGAGAGCAUUUGUAGGAAGGUGGAUUUGAGCAUAGACAAUGUGGGUUGUUCAAGUUGCAGUUGAUGGUUUCCAGAAUGUUAUUUGAAGAAUAUCUGUGAAUCCAGGUGUGGUUCCUACUCAGUGCCAUAGAUAGACUGAGUUCUCGCUCUGUAGGUCACCGUUACAUAGUAAUUUUGAUUCUGAACUUCACAUUAAAUUAUUUGAGUGUAUACAGACCUAAAUUUAAAAAUCUGUACAUAUCUUAUUUUGAUGUAUUAAAGAUUAAUAAAUAUUGCCGAUUUAAAUUUUAUUUAUGCACAUACUUAAAGGACAGAAAUGUCCAGGAAAGUAAUUGUUAAAUAAUGAUAUGUAACUUUUUAACUUUUUAAAUAAAUAACAAGACUUUUAAUGUGUGUCUCCCUCAGGGUUGUUUAAAGUUCCCCCCCCCUUCAAAUAUAAAUAGUGGUAACUAUAUGUUUUGUAUCUUCUAGCACCAACUGCUGUAAAGCAAUGCUGCAAAUAAUGCUUGAAUAAAAGUGGCUAAGCCAACAACAAAAGAAAUACUUUUUAUAUUAGUUUUAUAAUUCUUACAUUCGAGAGCUUACCAAAUUGCACUUGCAUUUAAACAGAACUGUCGCAGUCUCCGCUGUAUUUAUUUUGUCUCCCAUGUUUGUGAAGAUACUGCACAGUUUCAGAGGCAUGGUAAAUAACAUAUCAGUGUUUAUGUAUUCUGUUCCCCAAAUGGCUAUAGAUACAAUAUCCGGAGAAGAGCAAAAUUCAAGCUUUAGAAAACAUUCUAAGAUCUCACGCAUGCGAUUUUUGACAUAUCUGAAAAUAGGUUUUUGUAUAUUUAUGGUGGGAGGUGGUUGGGAACUUUUGACAAAAUGUGGGAUGUUAAUUUUUGUACAGUCUGUGGGCAUUUACAACAUAUUUUUAAUGUAAUAAAAUUUGGUAAUUAUGUGCACAUUAAAUUAAUAAGAUAGUUACUUCCUGUUAUGAUUUGUGAAUUCCCUAAGACUUUGGAUUUUUUUUAAGUAACUUUAUAUCAGAAAUGAUACUGCAUCUUUAUAUUUUUUAAAUUGUAUUGCUGCUCAAGAAUGGUACCCUGAUGUCGAAAAGGCAUACAUUCGUAAUUGUACAUUCAGCACUGUAAAUAACCUUAUGAAAUCUUUUUUGGAUUGAAGCUAUUCAAAAUAAAAAUUUAAAUGAAUGAAAUAA